AUGCCAUCUAUAGUCGGUAUCGUUCACUCAAAUGAACUGCUAAAACUCUCUAGUCUUUCUCCUAAAUAUGAAAAUCGUUUUUCUUUGGUAAUGGGUCUUAUAUUUGCCUAUGACUUAACCAAAAACCUCACUCGGAUACCCCCGUUGGAAAUGUGCUCGUCCAAAGAAAUGAAUUAUUUAACUCUCUUUCAUAGUGAAGACUACGUUAACUUUCUACGACUUUUGGAUGAAUACUAUGAGUCGGACGAUGAACCUAAAAUCCCUGAUGAUAUCUCCGAAGCUUUUGACGAAUACGGCCUUAGUUAUGAUUGCCAUGGCUUUAAAGGUGUAUUCAGUUUUGCUCUUGCUGCAGUUAGAGGAACAUUGGCGGCUGUUGACUGUCUGAUCAAUUCACAAUGUCAGAUUGCAAUUAAUUGGGCUGGAGGUUGGCAUCACGCAAAGCGCUCCGAGGCGUCAGGGUUUUGCUACCUCAAUGAUAUCGUUCUAGGUAUUCAACACCUUCUGUCUGCUCCUCAGUUCUCUUCUGGUCCCAUCCUCUACAUCGACCUGGAUCUUCACCAUGGAGAUGGUGUCGAAGAGGCUUUCGCCUACUCUCCUCGAGUGAUUACUUUCUCCGUUCAUCAUGGAGCCCCUGGCUUCUUUCCUGGUACUGGUGUGCCAGGUGGCACGGGGGAAUAUUUUGUUGGAGCAAGAGGGGGUCGCUUCUCCUGUUUCAAUCUUGCUUUGGGCAAGUUCCACUCAUUUGUUAAUUACUCUGAGGGAGCCAAUGACGAGACCUGGUGGUCAGGAGUCGAGCCAAUUCUUACUACUCUGCAUGCCUCUCUCCACCCACUUGCUGUUGUCAUUCAGUGUGGAGCUGAUGCCCUCUCCUCUGAUCCCCAUCGUACUUUCAACCUCUCUGCUUCCCUCAACGCUAAUCAGCAGAUGCAGUCAGGGUAUGUUGCCGCCCUUCGUCUCGUACUGAGUUGGCAUCUGCCAACGCUUAUUUUGGGUGGUGGUGGGUACCAUCUGGCAGAUACUGCUCGACUUUGGCUCAUGCUCACCUCUUUGGCUGUGUCUUCUGUGACUCAUGAAGAAAUGAAAAUUGACCAGGACAUUCCAGAGCAUGACAAUUUCUCCUCUUUUGGGCCUGAUUUUACUUUGGAUGUACAUCCUUCCAUGCGACCAGAUCUCAAUUCGUCUGUUGCCGUCGAUAAGGAGGUGAAACGACUUUUGAAACAAAUUGACGACUUCCGUGAACUGCAUAAAUCUUAA